AAACGGAGAGGUUUUUAUAAACAGGAGCUGCUCACACAAACUGCACCGCAGUCCAGCAUCUGCACACACACCGGUUGUUCACCUGAAGAGCGAGAGGAUGGACGCAGCAUACAAGAAAGUGAAUGGAAGCUACGGCCCAGAUGCAGAGAAAGGGGACCAAGGCACAGGGAGGAGAAGGGGAUCCAUGUAUCUGGAGGAGGAGACCGACAAGAAGUCAGAAGUGAUCUCCUGCAUCUUCUCCCUGAAAGAGGAGGUCGGAGCUUUGGCCAGGGGCCUGCGGCUCUUUGAGGAGAAGGGCAUCAACCUGACGCACAUUGAGUCCCGUCCGUCGCGGAUGAACAAAGACCAAUACGAGUUCUUCAUCAGCGUGGACUCCACCUGCUCCCAGGCCCUGGACGAGGUCAUCGACGGCCUGCGUACACAAAUCAGCGGCCACGUGCAUGAGCUAUCACGCAACAAAGAGAAGGACACAGUGCCGUGGUUCCCUAAUGACAUCCAGGACUUGGACCGCUUUGCCAACCAGAUCCUCAGCUAUGGCUCAGAGCUGGAUGCUGAUCACCCGGGCUUCACAGAUCCAGUCUACAGAGCCCGCAGAAAGGAGUUUGCAGACAUCGCCUACAACUACAGACAUGGUCAAACCAUCCCUCGAGUGGAGUACACAGAGGAGGAAAGGGUCACAUGGGGCAUGGUGUUCAAGGAGCUGAAGAGUCUGUACCCGACUCACGCCUGCCGCGAACACAACCGGGUCUUCCCCCUGCUGGAGAAAUACUGCGGCUACAGGCAGGACAACAUCCCACAGCUAGAGGACGUCUCCCGCUUCCUGCAGUCGUGCACAGGCUUCCGGCUUCGCCCGGUAGCCGGCCUCCUCUCGUCCCGGGACUUCCUGGCUGGCCUCGCCUUCCGAGUCUUUCAUUCCACGCAGUACAUUCGUCACAGCUCCAAGCCCACAUACACACCUGAGCCGGAUAUCUGCCAUGAGCUCCUGGGACACGUUCCACUGUUUGCUGACCCUAGUUUUGCCCAAUUCUCACAGGAAAUCGGUCUUGCCUCCCUCGGAGCCCCUGAUGAGUACAUUGAGAAACUUGCUACUGUGUACUGGUUCACUGUGGAGUUUGGCCUUUGUAAGCAGGGCUCAGAGAUCAAAGCAUAUGGAGCUGGCCUGCUUUCAUCGUUCGGAGAGCUGCAGUACUGCUUGACAGACAAGCCCAAUCUCCAGCCUUUUGACCCCGACAAGACCAGCCUCCAGAAAUACCCAAUCACAGAGUACCAGCCCAUUUACUUUGUCGCUGAGAGCUUUGAGGACGGUAAAGAGAAAGUCCGGAAAUUUGCAUCCACCAUCCCCAGGCCUUUCACAGUGCGCUACAAUCCCUACACCCAGAGCAUUGAAGUGCUGGACAACACCCAGCAGCUCAGGAACCUGGCUGACAGCAUCAAUAGUGAAGUGGGGAAAUUGUGCGAAGCCCUGCGGAAACUUCAGUAACUUUUCAGCACACGAAAUCGAGCCGAAAAACUCUCUUCAUUUCCUCAAUGAAACUGUCAGCUUGCGGUUCUGCUUAGCAUGCGCACAAAUGAGCUUUCUCUGUAUUAAAACAAAUAUGCAAAGUCAAAUAACAACAAUAUUACUGUAAUCCAAUUAUUAUUUUAGUUAAGUGAAUAAAGUGUAGUUACCUAUGUAGGAUAACAAGGAAUAAGGAAUGUUACUGUCCAUAUUAUUAUGUUAUUAAGAGUUUUUCAAAAUAAGAGAAUAAGUGACUUUAAUGAAUUUAAAAUCCAAUAUGUAAACAUCAAAUUGCUUUUAACGUGAUGCAAAACAGCUGAAAUAAUCAGUUUUUUUUCUAUGCAUUUAACCUUAAGGCACACCGAGAGAUAAUUUUUGUUACUAGCUUUCAUUGUGCUCGGCUGAAUGAAAUGUUUUGUAUAUGCAUGAAAGAUUUUAAUGAAAAGAAAUAAAUGUUUCUCUUCUUUC